GAGAUCCUGGCAGCUGAUUGGCUCGACGGAAAAAGGGCUGGGGCUCGUAUUAAUAUAAGCAUGAAACACACGUGAAGUGUAAAAGUAAACCAGUGAGAAGUCAUCGUGUAAAAACCACCGCAGCUGAAGAAAUAAGGACUCUGGAUCUCCUAACAUGAUGCCUACAGCUGAAGGCAUGUCCCACACCAUUCCCAAUCAUGUUCUGAGGGUGGGUCAGACGAUCCGCCUGGACGAGGCUCAGGAGACGAAGCCCAGUGGCAACCAGGCCCACUCUGAUCUCGACGUUUCCCUGGAUAAUCUCAACCAGCUCAUCCUGGAACUGGAUCCGACAUUUGAACCCCUCCAGGUCAACAUCAGCCCUCCCACAGACUCUGAUGACGAUGUCUCCCACUGCGUGCUGGUCCCAAGAGGAUGUUCUUCCAGCUCCUCGUCCAUCAUGGUUCCAUGUGUGUCACCCAGUAUACCCAUCCCAGCACAGAGCAGCCGCAGCUGCAGGACCAAUGGCGUGCCGGUUCUCUCCUGCUCCCCCACGUGUUCCCGGCCACCGCUGCCGUGUGGAAGUGUGCCGCGACACAAUCCCUCGCCAAAGCAAGACAGUGGCUUCGCCCUGGGAUCCCGCUUGUCGACCUCCAACAGAAACAGCGCCACCUCGCUCCUCUCCAUGUCAACAUGCUCAGACACCAGCUACAUCCUUGGCAGCUCCCUGUCUCUGGCCAGUGAAGACGCUGACUCUCCAGAGUCCGUCCUGAACAGCAUGUGCACAUCCUUCAGCGAUGUGUCCUCAAUGAGGCUGUUUGAGAACAGGCAAUGUCCAGAGAAACCGGCGCUGACGAGGCAGGGACACCUGCAGGACGUCCACAGCAAGGGGGCACAGAGCAGUCCAGCUUCACUCUCCAGCUCUUUCACCGAUAUUCCUGUUCUGUUAGUGAACGGUGCACCACAACCGCAUGUGCCUGUCCAUUGUCCUGCGUCACAAAUGGACUUACAGACUAUCACUACGUGCCGGUCGAAGCCAUCGUCUCCUCACAGUUUCCAGGCUCGAUUCAGUGGCAGUCAGCCCUCCAUGAAAUUUGUCAUGGACACCUCAAAGUUCUGGUUCCGUCCUCACAUCAGCAGAGCAGAAGCUGAAGUCCUGAUUCAAGACAAGGAUUCAGGCUCAUUUGUGAUCAGAGACAGCACGUCCUACAGAGGCAGUUUUGGUCUGGCCAUGAAGGUUGACCAACAGCUCAGCUUCACUGCGUCUGCCUACCCAGGAGAGAGCAGUUCAGAGAGUCUGCGGCACUUCCUCAUUGAAUCAUCUACCAAAGGCGUUCGCAUCAAAGGCUCCUCCCAUGAACCGUACUUCGGUAGUCUGUCUGCCCUGGUUUACCAACACACCAUUUCAGCUUACGCGUUACCCUGCAAACUACUGCUCCACGCCCAAGCUGAAGAGAAGAAUGACAAACCAUCAUCAGAGGGUAAGACAGCUUGUAAUUUCAUCUACCUGAAUGCUGUCCCCACUGAGAUGCUGACGGGCCCUUAUGCCGUCCAGAAGGCCGUGUCGUCAACAUUUGAGAAGACCCCAGGUUCCUUCACACCAACCGUCGUCAACCUGAAGGUGUCAUGGAAGGGUGUGACACUGACAGACAUCAACAGGAAGCUUUUCUUCAGACGCCAUUACCCUGCUCACCUGCUCAGCUACAGCGGUGAAGACCCAGACAACCGAGUGUGGGUGAACGGAACUACAUUUGGUGCAAGGAUGUUUGGCUUCGUGGCAAAAGGCAUAGAGGCAGGCAUGGAAAAUGUCUGCCACGUUUUUGCAGAGUACGACCCCCUGCAGCCUUGCAGCAAGGUCGUUGAGGUGAUUCAGGCUGCCAUAGCCAAGCUAUGAACACCAAAGGACUGACACGCUACCUGGUUCUGUGGUCGGAUUCAAUCACAGUGAAAAGAGCGUGAGUGUAUCUGCGGCAUUUAUGAAGAUAGACAAGACUGAACAACACACAAUAAAUAACGUUAAAAUAAUGUCUAAGCAGAUUAGACCAUAAAAAUACUGACGCUGAAGACAUGAUUUCAGUGUUGAAUGUUAUUGUAUAAAACCAGCGCCUUGCACAGGGUUCAGUACAUGGUUCAACCGUUUAGUGUGUAGUUUUAAAUCAUUUCACGUAGAUACCAGAAUACAUGAGCAUGAAGAUGAUGAUGAUGAUGAGGAGGAUUUUGAAGGUUCUGUAAAGAGAAGUGAUUAAAAUAGUUGCAUAUGCCCUUAACUGUACAGUUGUGAAUGUAUUUAUUACUGUCAUUCAUCUGUGUAUUCAUUCUUUGCACUGUUUAAGAACAAUUAAA